UUUUUUUCCCCCUGCAAGCUGCCAAGGUGGACUCCUUAGCUCCUGCGAUAGACUGAAUGAGACUGCAGUUCCCCCAUCAGUUUCAUAAUACUCAGAAAGCAUCCAUUUACAUCAUUGUGUGCAGUGCAGGGCAGCAGCUGCCAGGAAAUUUGAAACUAUUUUGAUUCCAGUUGACUAGAACAGCAGCAAUUGAAUUAGCUGGUAUCGCUAUAGAUAAACUGAUGAUCUUUGCAUUUUAUUUCUUUGACCAAUGGGUAACUGCUGGAGCUACAGUAACCUCUGUAGUGGCCGUGGAAGCAGCAGUUUGCCUCCUCAUACCAUCAUCAAUGAAUUUCCAGAGUACGGCACUGCAGAGUCGAGCAGACAAGCACCAUCGUCUGCACUGAUGUGCCCGGCCGAGCCUGUGACACGCAGUCCAGAAAGACAGGACAGUCACCACCAUGCCAGGCCUGUUCCUCAGUGCACAGCUCCUGCUGAUCAUUCGAGGCCUGAUGCAGGGGCAGUGCAGCUUCACACCCCAGAAGAAGGUUUGCAACCCACGAGUAAUCUGCCAGAGAGUAUGAAAAUCUCUCGACGGUUAGAAGCAACAAAGGUGCAAGAAAGAGCAAAUACUUCUCUGGAUUCAGAGACUCAAAUGGAAAAAAAGAGUGUUACUGGCAGCCAAAAUGUGCAGGCAGCCAGAGAACCAGUUCCAGCAGGCCAAGAAAAACUCUCAGACAUGCUUCUUCCAUCUGAACGAACAGCUGAGGAAAAAAAGCAUUUGAUCAUAGAGAAAGAUCUGGCUUCAGUACGGACUGGAGAAAAGCAAUCUGAAUCCUCACAAGCCAUAAGUAAUAAAGCAGAGGAGGUCCACACAGCUCAGGAACCAAGCUGUCACAAGCCAUCUGUGACAAACCUGGAAGCAGUCAGCAGAGUGGAGAGGGGGACAUGUUUUGAGGAGUUUUCAGAGUACAGUCAAGGCAAAAUGCAAACAGGUACUGAGAGAAGGCUUGCUAAAGAGGCAGCUGUGAGUAAACAUGUAGAAUUUCAAGGUGUGGAGAUCUUAUGGCUGCAAAAAACUGAGGAGCAGCAAAGAAAGAAGCAUUCACUGCUGGACUCUGUGUCUGUGGAGAGGAAGGCAUUCCCCAAAAAAUCCAGUCACCCUGUGUCACCAAUGGUCUCCCCAGGCUUGCCUUCCUUGCCAGACAGUGCCUGGAGUGAGGUCUGUGAAGACCCAAGGCUGGAACCUGCUGCCUCUGGAGCCACUCCUCUACCACUGCUUGAAGAAAGUGGGAAGGAUGAAGUUUCUAUGAAGGACAGGAAGAACUGUGGUGAGGAGGAGAUGGCUGUGCUUUCAAGAGGCCAGGACAGGAUGGUUGAGGAGGGGGAAGCCGCCACAGGAGGAUAUGAAGAUUUCCUUGGGCAGAGGCACUCUGACAUCUCCACUGAUCUGUACAGCUCACAGUUUGAAAACAUCCUAGACAAUGCAUCUUUGUACUACAGUGCGGAAUCUCUGGACACAUUGUACUCGGAGCCUGAUAGCUACUUCAGCUUUGAGAUACCACUCACUCCCAUGAUCCAGCAGCGCAUGAAGGAGGGUGUACAGUUUUUAGAUAGGACAUCAGCCGUGGGGCAGACAGAUGUGCCUGACAGGGAGGUGAAGGGAUGUGGUGAAGGCAUUGCCAAUGGCUUAAGGGAUGCAAACGAAACACUCUUCAAAGGAGAUGUCACAGAAGUCCCUCAUCUGGAAAGCAAUGUCGACCUGCAGAAUGUGGUGUUAGACUCCAGUGCAGCCAUGGGGAGCAAUGAACUUCAUGAGAAGGAUGCCACUGGAGCCCUUGGCCACGACCUCAGCAAUGGCAGCAGCAGCAAUUUGGAAGCAGCCAGGCGCCUGGCUAAGCGCCUCUACCAUCUGGACAGGUUCAAACGCUCUGAUGUGGCAAAACAUUUGGGUAAAAACAAUGAAUUCAGCAAGCUUGUGGCCGAAGAAUAUCUUAAAUUUUUUGACUUCACAGGCAUGACCCUGGACUGUUCGCUCAGGAGUUUCUUUAAAGCCUUUUCACUUAUUGGAGAAACUCAGGAACGAGAGAGAGUUUUAAUCCACUUCUCCAGCAGAUACUACCAGUGCAACCCAAAUGCCAUUUCUUCUCAAGAUGGAGUUCACUGUCUCACGUGUGCCAUGAUGCUGCUGAACACAGACCUCCAUGGCCAUAACAUUGGGAAAAAGAUGACCUGCCAAGAGUUCGUUGCUAACCUCCAGGGGAUGAAUGAUGGCAGAGACUUCCCGAGAGGGCUCUUGAAGGCCCUCUACAAUUCAAUCAAGAAUGAGAAGUUGGAAUGGGCAGUGGAUGAAGAAGAGAAAAAAAAAUCUCACUCGGAUGGUACAGAUGAAAAGGAUAAUGGCAACCAGACAAAGGCUGUCAGUCGAAUUGGCAAUUCAAAUAACCCGUUCCUGGACAUCCCUCAUGACCCCAGUGCUGCCGUGUAUAAAACUGGAUUUCUGGCUCGGAAAAUUCAUGCAGAUAUGGAUGGAAAGAAAACUCCCCGGGGAAAACGAGGCUGGAAAACCUUUUACGCUGUGCUGAAGGGGACAGUCCUGUACUUGCAGAAGGAUGAAUAUAAGCCAGAAAAGGCUUUGUCUGAGGAAGAUCUGAAGAAUGCGGUUAGUGUGCACCAUGCGCUGGCAUCCAAGGCAACAGACUAUGAGAAGAAACCCAAUGUCCUCAAGCUUAAAACAGCAGAUUGGAGAGUCCUGCUUUUCCAAGCCCAGAGCCAAGAAGAAAUGCAGACCUGGAUCAACAAGAUAAACUGUGUGGCUGCUGUCUUCUCUGCACCACCAUUUCCAGCAGCCAUUGGCUCUCAGAAGAAGUUCAGUCGCCCACUCCUGCCAGCCACCACAACAAAGCUAUCUCAGGAUGAACAGCUGAAGUCCCAUGAAGCUAAGCUGAAGCAGAUCUCCACUGAGCUUGCUGAACAUCGCUCCUAUCCUCCUGACAAGAAGCUCAAAGGCAAGGAAGUAGAUGAUUACAAACUGAAGGACCACUAUCUGGAGUUUGAGAAAAACCGCUAUGAGAUCUAUGUUGGCCUGCUGAAAGAAGGGGUGAAGGAGCUGUUGAGCGGAGGAGAGAACGACGCACCAGGACUGAAGAAAUCCCACUCAAGUCCUUCUUUGAAUCAGGAGUCUCCAGUUAGUGCCAAGGUGAAACGCAAUGUCUCAGAGAGGAAGGACUACAGGCCAGAAACACUCAGCAUUAAGCAGAAGAUUACUUAGGGUGGAAAUGACAACUAGGGGAACAGCCAUGCAGCAAAGUAUUGGUGGUCAAAAUUUUUUCAUUUAAUAACCUGUCAUUCACAAAAAAUAAGUGCAUCUGCCUGAAUGGGGUGUUAGUGACAUUUUCUAUUGUAUAUUUUGCUGUUUCUGUGCAGAUUGUGGGAGAUGUCUUUGCUCCUGCUUUGCUUUGCUUUGUUAAUUUAUCAUUUAGCAAUUGAAGCAUCGGGACUUUUUUGUGUUAUUCUGUUUCUAAAGGAGCUGGGGAAGGGAUAGAGUGCUGUGACGUUUAUUCUGUCUCCUCCCCAUUUAUCUCCUCCCAUCGGCAUGUGGCUUUCAUCUCUCAAGUCACUUGUCACUUUAUUUACGUGGUAGGUGGGAAAAAUAACUGGACAAGUGCUGCAGUGCUGUGAAUGUGAGCUGUAGCUGUGAGAAAAGCUGUGCAAACAUGCGGCUGCAGAAGGCUAACUAGAGGCUAGGGUGCUGGGAACACUAGUUUCCUGACAAUAUGGGGCUUGUUGGUACUGGUACUUAGCAGCAGGUGGUACAGUAAAUAGUCACUGUUGCUUCUUGUUACUGCAUUGACCCUGGACACUUCACGAGUGUAAAGGAAUGAAACCUGGAAACCUCUGGCAAUGCUGAGAUGACGGCAUUGGAAUAAUUUGUUUGCUUCCUUCCAAGCAGAGAGCCUUCUCCUGAGUUUGCAGGCUGGAAGGCAUCCAAACCCAUGCUGUCUCUGCAGUCAGGAAGAUUAAGGAUUACCCAGUUGGAAUGGCUAUCUGGGCUUCACAUUUAUUUGCAGAGAAGGCUGCUGUAGAUGUCAGCCAUUAGCAUUAUAUAUUAAUUAUAUAUAUUAAAGACAAAGGGCCUCUGUGUAGUUUUUAACUAUACGCUCUCACUUAGCUGCUAUAUAGAGCCUUAUGAUAUAUUGUGUCCUGUUGCUUCCCCUUCAAGGGGUUUCCUUGUUGGUGUGCACAGAGAGCUGCUUUCAAUUCCUCUCAUAGUGACAAAGCACUUGGCCUUUUUUCUUCAGAAUGGGAUUCUCCUCAGUUCUCCAUUUUCCUUCUUUAGCUGAUAUAUAGGUGGAAGAGGCUGGUGCCUGCUCACAGUUCCUGCAUACCCUGUACCAGGCUUUCCAAGGGGAGCACAUGUCUGAGAGAGACCACCAUGGGUAGGUCUUUCCAUACCUGAAAGACCCCUGUUUGUGCCAUAGACCUUUGGAGUGACCAGCAGUUUUCAGGCACAGACAACAGAAAGAUGACAUAGAAAUAAUUUUCCUGCUUCCUAGCCCCUCUUGUCUGGGCAGUGUCAUGGCUCUGUUACUGAGUUUUAAUCUCAGUUUUUGUACUGGCCCACAGGGUGAGCUUGGACAGGUCUCUUCCAUUUGGUGUCAGCUUUUCUCUGUAUGAAGUAGUACUACCAAACUGGCCUUUACCACAGAGCGCCUUGGGAGAUAAUGUUGAGGGCCAGUUGAAAAUUGCUUCUUGCUGUUCAUUCUGUUAUGCCUGGCACAGGACAGCCUUCUUGUUGAAUGCAAUUCUUGAUGCAUAGAGAAAUGUCAAGAUCCAUGCAAGGACUGUUUAGAAAUGCUCUGGUGCUUUCAGCCCAAGUAGUCAAAGUGCCACACAUCAAAAAAAUUGCUGUCUGAGUGGAUGUGUGUUCUGUCAGGCUUCCUAAGGGUCCAAGUCAAUUAAUCUAGUUUUAUUGACCUGCCAGUCCAGUGAGCAGAACUAGUAGUGAUUAAAGAGAAAAGGCCCUUAACAGGCACUGCAUGACUUGCCUCCAGUACCAAGUACCACCAAAGCAGCAGCUUUUCUGGUGUUGUGCUGACUGUUGGCUGUAACCAUGAUGUUACACUCUCAAAUGUGAAGUUUUGGGGCAAAUUGAUCCUUGCAGCUGCAGCCUGGCAGCAAAGCCAGAUGAGACUGUUCUCACAAGUGAUGUGCAUCCGUCUGGCAUCUGCCACUGAGAGUGGCCGCUCUGUGCUAAAAGUCAGGAGGUUGGCUCCUAACCUUGACAACGUUGCUAAAAGCUGCAGAGUCCUGAGAAAUUGGCAGUGCUUCCUAAGUGCUGGGGUUUCAGAAGUUGUGCAUUCUGACUGAGGUGGAGUUAACAUUCAGUUCUCUUCUUGAAGAUGAGAGGUGUCUUCUGCUGCUGCAGCCAACAUUAUGUGGUGCAGCUUAUUGUGUGGGGAGACUCAGCUGAGAUGCAUGAUUGUGCUCAUUGGGAGGGAUUGUUUGGAGUACUUAAGAGUGGUAGAUCAACAGCUCAUGGAGGGGAGAUAAACACAGAUCUCUGCAGCUGCUUGUCAUGGUUUGGAGGUUGAAAAGGAACAAGCAGAACAGAGGAAGAAAUUCAGUUGGGGAAUGCUGAAUGCACCUUUGGGAAGAAAACUUGACCUCUGUUAUGAUUAAGGAGUGGUAUUUAGUGUUCUCACUGAGACUCUCAAACGAUAUGGCCCUUGAUCACUCCCUCCUUCCCCUCCCCAUCCUUGCAGUGGGCUGGAGAGGAGAAUUAGAGGCAUAAAAGGCAAAGAUCACAGAUUGAGGUAACAACAAUUUACUGGAAAAGGCAAUGAGAUAAGAAAAUGAAUGGUAAACAGCAACAGUAUUAAAACCAGAGUGUUCAAGAAUGCUCACCACGCAGAACCCAACGAUACCUAACCACUUGCUUCCCAAUACCCCGACGUAGAAGGGGUAUCUUCUCUGGUUCCUGGAAAAUGACAGGAGGUGGUAUGGAAUAACCAUCAAGACCAAGCCAUGCUCCUGCUGGGCUACUGCAUGAAUUAACACCAUCCUGGCCAGAACCAGUACAUCAUUACUUGAAUUAUUUUAAAUACCAAUAGGAAUAUGUGCAGCAGAAACAAAACCCAAAAAAGGUGCAGAUAUAUAAAUGGCCCUGCUUUGCUGUCAGGGUUGGUUUGAGUAGAUGAUCUUUUUAAAGGCAGGCUAGAACAUGCUUGGCAAACCUCUUGUGUUUAUGGAGUGCAAUGCUUCAAAAGGCAAAGAGGUGACAUUUAACUUUCUUCUUCUCUGGCUUUAAAUGUAUUUUCAUUGCCGAAAAUUCCAGCUAAAUUGCUGAGCUCAAAAAGAAAUUACUCCUGUUUUCCAGCUUUGACACAGAAACUGGGUAAUUCCUCUUCAAAGUCAUUGCAGAAAAGAUGAUUUGAAGCAAUAGGAAAAAUCAAAAAGUGAACUGCAAAAAUACUGGUUUUUUUCAUUAUUUAUUAUCUAUUUCCUUGUAUGCUUGUAAACGGAUAGGAUUUUUUGGGGGGUCUCAUCUGAGUGUAUCAAAUGCAAUUUUUCCACUGCAUUUUUUGGUCUUUAAACAUUUGUUGAGCUUAGAGCAGUCUUGCUGAGACUGCUGAGGUGUGCAAGUCAGUUUAUCCAGAAUUUAUAGUUUCUGCUACAGUUUUAAUUAAUGUCAUUUUCCUUUGUUGCUUUACAAUUUAUAAGCAUCCCAGGCUCCUGUGUAGAAAUGCACACUUUGGAGAACAAGAAAAAAAAUGUGAUCCUGUUGCAAAAGUCUAAGACUUCUGCCCUCCCUUGCAAAUAGGUUCAUCUACCAGUCAGUACUGUAAUUAAUUUUUUUCCCUCCUGGUGACACUAUAAAGGAUAGGGCAGGUUCUCAGGUGGUUGGAGUGGUGCAUUUCCUUGAAUAGCACCAUUACGAGUCUGACCAGGUAGCUAGCUUAGUGUGGUACCCUGCACCCUGCCUUUCUUUGCUGAAACAUUUGCCUUUAGGGGAGAUCAGUGCUUUACUGCAGCGACUCAGGAGCUCUGGUUGCAGCAAGUAAGGAUAUUCUGCUGGUUUCCAGCCUGCCUCUGGGACUUGAGCUGCAAAUCACUGGAGCAGCCCGCAGUUUCCUGGGUGUGCUCCAUGUAAGGAGUUACUGGCUGGCCGCCAUGAGCAUGUGUGCAUGUGGGAGAGCCUUUGCAUUGGUGAUGCAGUGAGGUGUCAUCCUUCCUUGUCACCCUCCCUGCUCUAGUGAGCUAUCAUUGCUCAGGCGAAGCCUCUGCCUGCAUGUAGGGAGUGGGAAUCCAAAGAGGGGAGCAGGCUAAGGCUGACACCUCCUUACUUCCCCUUUCUCAAGGUGCAGACAGUGGUUUUGGGAGGACCCACCUGGCUCUGAAGUGUUGCUGGCUUCUGGGGCUGAACUGCUAUCCCCAACUAAAGAAGGAGAGACAGGAACAGGCCCCACUAGUCUGCACCUGACAGCAGAGGGCUGAUGGAGAAGGGGAAAACUGCUUUCCCCUCUCCCCACCCAGCAACCAAAGCAGGUGAAAUACUCUCUUGAAGCCAAAACCAUACUCUCCUCUAUGAUUUAGCACGAUGCAGGGGACUGUUUCAGAUAGAUUUUGUUCAUCAGUGGCUGCAAAAGGGACUCCCUGGGCUAGCUGUGUGUUUGUCUGCAUCUUGCAGAUAAAUUACCCAUGAACCAGUGAACAUGAUUACAGCUUCUAAAUCCAGUAUUUAUGUUGUGUCUUUAGUUGAUGUAGAGAGAUAAGUCAUCCAGCAGAGUGAUUAAUGCAUCAGAGUUUUGCAGGAGUGCUUUUCAGCUGUGUUGCCGACUCAGUUUUUCAUCUGUAGCCAGUCACUUGUAAAUGGUUACCAGAAACUUUCAAAUAUCUAGUAACAGCUCCUCACUAAAAUACUUUCCCUCUGACCCUACCUGCUCCCAGGUUGCAGUCUGUGAUCUGCACUGCCCUGCUUUGAGGGGGACUUUGUCCUAACAGACCUCCAGGGACUGGAAUUGUUCAGUGACUUUUCACAGCUCCAGUGCCUUCAGAUAACAAGGCUGGUUGCUCCUCUGGCUUGAAAAGGAUCUUUUGCCUUUCUCCAAUGGGGAAAUGAGGUUCUUGCUUGACUAGAGUAGGCCAUUCAGUGAAGAUGUGGUUAUGGCAGUGGAAGAAGUCAGAGAUGACAGGUUUAUCAUCAGGCUACUCGGAGGCAUUGUAUGGCAGUGUUCUUCUUGAAAAUUGAAAGGCUUUUUUCUGCAGAUGGCUUACUGCUUACUGUGUCUGCAUUCUCCAUUUUUAAAUGAAUUUUGGUCUUAUUGCAGUUAGUCUGACAGCUCCUCCUCCUUUUCUGACAAGCUGCUCUUGUCUGUCAUCUUAGCACCUCAGCUGCUUCUGUAUAACAGGUCUGUUUCCUUCCAUGCUUGCAGAAAUUCAGAAAAUUUGACUCUCCCAUCUUGGAUUGAGAAAAUCUUCUCUGAAGCAGUGCUGCAUUGAAUGGCCCUGUGAACAGCUUUUUCACUCUGCUUGUCGGUAGCCUGAGUUUCCAGCCACAGUUAUAGCUGGGAGGUGUGAGACCGAAUUUUAGACUGCUGUGAUCCUCUAGUUGUAUGCUGCAGAGAUGCAAAGUGCCCCUUCCCACACUUAGACCAGAUACUUGCAACAUUCCUACUCUUCUAGUACCCAGGUUGUUGGAAACACUGGCUGCUUCUGCAGGUUCAAAGGCAGUAUACACAUCUGAUGCCAAGCAAUUUUAAACAAUCUGCUGCUUGUUUAAAUUUUCUCCAGUAUUGCUCUCCCCAGGCUCUGGGACAUCACAUCUGCUCUGAGGGGCCAGUUAAGAAGUUCACAUUUCUUGUCUGUGCACUAUCAUUGGUCACCAGCAUGUGUUCUCAGCAUCUGGUAUCUAGGCUUCCUAGAGGGAUGAACCAUAGAAGCUGUCUCAGAAAAAGCUAGUGUGCAGCUUGUGCUUUUUAAAGGAUAUUUUUAGUGCAUAUAGAAGCAGUAUGUCUAGCCUCUCCUCUCUCCCAUCAAGAGCAUAGGUGUAGAAUAGUGGAUUGCUUCACCUGGAGCUUCACUGUGGAGACCUGAGCUCCAGAAGAAGAGGCUUUGUCAGCCUUUAGAGAAAUGCCACCACCUGAGCUGAGCAUCAAUGCACAGGACAAUGAUGAUACUGUCUGAAAAAGCCAGUGCCACCCUCCGUGGCUGGUCACCUGCUGGAGACUGUGAGCUCUAGCACAGCCCUUGGUGUUGGAGGUAAUGAGAAAUGCUGGUUUUCUUUUCCCUCUAAUCUGUGCUGCUUGAGGAGCUGUCUUUAGCACUUGCUGCUUUUCUCCCUUGUGACAGCAGUUCCCUUAUCCAGGGUUACCACAGUCCCUUUGUGAGAAGACUGGUUUAAAUGAGAGGAGAGAGGAGAGGUCCUUGGAAACAGUCUGGAUGCCAUCUGGGAGUAUCUGCUCUGCUGAUGGCAACAUAUAGUGGAACAUUGAAAGGAAGCAGGCGCAGCCUUGCCUGAGAGAAUGGCCCUUGCUCCAAUAUUUUAUUAGCUGAAUUAAGGUUGGGUUUUAAUUAUUUAUUAGAGCCCACCCCUUACCAAAUGCAAGCAAGAAACUUUCAUAAAGGUUGGACCAUUGACCUGACCUUGCCCUUGUGGUCAGAAGGAGCAAAUUUAGGCUAGUCCAAGGCAUUCUCUCUUGCCUGCCUUUGAACACUUAAUUAUUCCAUAAAAGUUACAGAUGUUUAAUCAGUGAGGGACCUCCCAUGGCAUCUGCUUUUAAAGCGAGCCAGGAACCAGCUGGGGUACAGGCCAGAGGUUUAUUUGGACCAAUAAAGGUACAUCACUUAGCAAUACAAGCAUUGAAAGUGCAGCAGACCACAAGGGCAGGAUUUUUCUCUGACGUAAACAAUUGUAAUUGGUAGCCACUCUAGCAGUGAUCCUGUCUGUAACUCACCUAAAUGAGACUAGCACAAGAAGAUAAUUUUUGUCUAAACAGGCAAAGUUUCAUCUUGGGCCAGUUGAGUAUCAUGGUGUAGUGACAGAGCAACUAGCUAAGCUGCCGUGAAGACUUGUUUGACACAAAAUCCUCCAACUCCUCUUAGCCUCUUGCUGGGAAGAGGGAGAUAAAUGCAGUUGAGUCUAUGUCACCACACAGGGCAAAUUCUGCUGGUAAUAUAAGUCUUAACUCACACACUUAUGAAAAUCUCAUACUCAGAGCUGUCAGAUUCUGAAAGACUGUAGGAUGAGAACAAGGGUGGGUUGUGGUUGGGUUUUUUUAAAAAUUUGUACAUAUUCAUAACAACUGUGUCCUCUUACUUGAGUCUAGAAUUAUAAUUUGGCUAAAAGGACAGAGUUUUUUGGCUGUUGAAAAACUUUGAAAUGACUCCUCUGUGUGAGGUACACACUGAGACUUACAUUACUUGGUGAACAUGUUUAAGUGAUGCCUAUAGAUGUGUGUAUUUCCUAAGUAUAGUAUGGCUUCUGUGGCUCAGCAGUACAGAAACUGCUGUUCUUUUCUGAGGCUUGCUUGGUCAAAGCACUUCAGCAGCUGCAAACAUUGUUAGGAUGCUUGUUCUAAUUGCUCUCAAAUGAGGUUAAACAGCUAACAGAGCUUUUGCAGAUUUAAGGUAUACUCUGAGCUGCCUUGAUCUUCAUGUGUUGUCCACCAGGGGCUGCCUGUUUUGCAUGUUGAAAGCAAGGUAUUUGAGAGUCUAAGCAAGAGCUCGUGGGUGGAAUUUUCUGCUAGUUUAACACUGGGCUGACUUUCUCCCUGUCUGUAUCAACUGAUGCCUGUACAAGGAGCAUCCAUGCUGACUUCUUCUGAAAAUCAUGCUCUGGGGAUCUAAUACACAGCUUUACUUCUGAAAAUGUUGACCUUGUUCUGUGAAAAUUCAGCAAAGGGACAUGAUGUGCAAAGUGUCCAAGAAGGACAGGUGCCUGUGAUGUCUCCUACAGAUACAGCUGUACAGCAGUAGUGAGGGUUUUUUUUUUCCUACAGCUGUUCAAAUUUCUAGAGGAGUGGCUCAUCAGUAGGGAAGAGAAGAGCAGCAGGGCUGAAAUAUCUGUCUUGGGCAUCUCUUAUGCCUUCCAGAGGUUUCUUCUGAGAACAUUGAACAACCUUUUAACAAGUUUCUGGUCUGAGGAAAAACGAUGUAGGGAAUCCUGGUGAGUUUUACUAUUGCAUUCUAGCUAUUGCAUUCUAGUAAGGACAAUAAGAGCAUGAUCUGCAUUAUUCUUAGAAAGAGAGAGCAAAAGCUGAGGGUGUGAUUUGUACCUGGAGUUUUUAUCAUGCAGUUAGGUUGAAGCACUUGAGCAACUUCAGUAGUGAAGCCUUUGCACUUCUGUGGAUCACAGCCAGAGUGAUUGCGCCUUGCAGAACUGAGAUGGGAAUGAACUGCAGCUCAGAAUUAAAUUAAGGAGACCACCCUGUCACUUUGCUCUGGGCAACCUGUAGUCCUGUAAUUUUUAUUUAGGUACUGGGCUUCUUCCUUGGGUUUCCUGCCCUCCAUGGUGAUGGGAAUAUGUGGGUGAGCACUGUCAGUUUCAGAGUUGUGGUUAAGAAAUGUCAUUUACCCUCCACCUGAGCUGUUGCUUUAUUGUUUUCCCUUAGGCUGAGAAAGAGGACUGAAUUUUUAGUCAAUGUUGUUUGGUAGCCAAUGGGAAGCGUAACUCUCAGCAGUGGUGAUGCAGAAAAACAUUUUGCACAUGCGUGUACAUACACCUUAUACAUCUCUUGUGUGCAGAACUAACCUUACAGGACCUGACAAUGGUCCUUGCAAGACCUUUCCUCUGGGUGGUCUUCAGUUGCUUCUGUGAUGUGUAGGAACUUCCUUUCUGGCAACCUUGCAUUCAGUUUACUCUAAUCACUGAAUUGCUGGAGUGUUUUUCAUGUAAUACACUAGAGACAGUCUCAGUCUCACCGCUUUGUGGUAACUUCUUGGUCUGCUGUGAAGCAACAACAUUGAGGUAGCCGUUAAAUCUUUUCCAGCAGCAUGGAACUUGCUGUUCUGACUCUUGGGGAGGUCAUAAUCUCAGGUUUGACACCAUCCUACCAUCAGGACACCGUGUUUUGUCCCUGGGAAUAGGCAUGGCCAGAAAAGCAUACUAGGUGGAUGGAGUCAGAGCUGUGCAGACUUAAGUCAAGCCCUGGUUCAGGGAAGAUUUUUCCAUGUGCUGCUGAUGUCCAUAAGGACUCAAACAUAUACUUGCUUACACAGAGAUGCUUUCCUGAAGCAGAGUUGUCACUCUUUUCUACAGGUAUCACAGGAUGCCCUCCCUUAUUCUGCUUCAUGUAUCUGGUACUAGAAUGAUCAUUUCCUGAUAAAUGAAGGCACUUAAUCAGUCCUCUUCCCCUUGGAAGAAGGACUUUUGGGGAUAUUGUUAUAUCAUUUAAAAUAAUAUUUUGGAAUUUAAGUUUACAUUGCUUUAUUUUUCACUUGAGGUGACUGUAUAUAAAUAUUUUCUUCUAUUUUAUCAUUGCUGAUAAAGUAAGCCUACAGUAUACAGACAAAUAAUUUGCCUUUGAUGUAUUGAAACUGUGAGAUAUAAAGUAGAUUUCUCUCUUGUGUCCAUGUUCCUGACUAUAACUCUGUUCCUCUGUGUUUUUAUAAGUUGGAAUAAAUGUUGCUUACGGGCAACAAAGAGCCUGCAAGCUUCCCAAUAAUUUUUGUCAUUGAACUCAAGCAACCCUGUUGAAGGAUCUCACAUAUGUAUAAUGAUAUAUGUAUAUGUACAAACUUUAGAAAGAAAUAAACCAAAUGUAUUUCAAGUUCUGCA